AUGCCGCGGUCGGACUCGCGGCCCCGGAGAUCCCGCAGCUGCGGCGGCGAUCGCCGGCGGGACUCCAGGGGCCGGAGCCCGCCGCGCAGGAGGAGUCCGCCGCGGCGGUCGCGGUCGGCGUCGAGGAGCCCCCCCAGACGGCGGAGCCCUCCGCCCAGGUCGCGCUCGCGCAGGACGCGUCUCGCCGACGGCCUCGGUCACCCUCGCCGCGCUCCCGCAGCCGCGGCCGCGACGUGGCGGACACGUCGAAGGCUACGUUCCAGGUGUCCGCCCCGAUCACUGGAAAGUUCGAGACCAAAAUCGAGGAUGGCCUGCCCAAGGGCAGCGGCGAACGGACCUGGAGAGCGCGCGGAGAUCUACCUGCCGCGCCUGGGCGGCACCAGGCCGGGCAUGCCUGCCACGUCCGAGACGAAGCAGCGGACAGUCUGCAUACGUGGGCCUUCGAGGCUGGACCAGGGGUGGCAUGCGUGGGUGCCUCCUCUGUGUCCAGAGGCGCUGGCGUGCCCGACGUGCCCGGACGUGGCGUUAGGUAGACAGUUCUUUCUGUGUUAUGACGCCGACGUCGUCUACCACGAACGAAUCGCGCUGUGGCCGCAGACACUCAGCAAGUGA